AUGGGAGAUGGAAAUCAACAACCCCCCUCCAUCGACUGGGCCAGUGCGGACAUCACAACUAGCGCUGCUUUACAGUAUCCCCUCGUGCUGUCAUUAGCGGAGAAGCCAGUCGCGACAGUGCAGGUCCUCCUCCCCUUCGCCGAACCCGGCAAAGGGAUUGUCUAUACAGUGACCUCAGUUUCUCUACCCGGGGGACCACUGCAAACUUCAACGCUGAAUGUUGUUGCAGCUACAACUGCAACAUUCGACGGACUCAUUCUGUCCGUGGAUGGAAAGGCAAAUCCACCGCGUCUUCUAUAUCAGACGGCACAGAUUUCCACUACGGCCGCUCCAGCAACAUCACUUCCGGCCACAAGCGCAGCUGUUCCGCCAACUACAGCAGCAACGCCUGCUUCAACUAGCUCCCAAGCGACUAAGACUGGACCGUCAGAAUCCAUUUCUCCAGCCACGAGUGUCCCACUCUUACCCCAGAGUGAAGGCUCCGCCCUUUCGACAGGUGCGAUCGCCGGUAUCGCGAUCGGAUGCUUUGCCGCAGGUGCACUGCUCGCCGGAGCCAUUCUGUGGUUUUGCCGGCGCAGAAGAAGACAGCCCAAGAAUCAGUAUCCCCAAUCCGACACAUAUGCGUUGGCUUCGCAGGAAAAAGGGUUCUCCGCCAGUGCUAUACCGUUAGCCGGAAAACGAUCAUCUGUAGCUGCUCUGGGUGGUGGACUUCCUCAGCCCCUGGAAGACAAAGCCAUCUCUGGCGAUGUCUCGAAGAUAAGCAAUGCCAUCAAAAACCAUGUCCAGAGUUACUACCACACCAGCCGUGUCAACCCUGGUCUCAUCGACUAUGAGGAUCUUCACGCAAUAGGACCAGGUUUACCAGUCUCGGUAGGAACACUCACUACAUUGAUUGGAAAUGCUGCAACUAGAGAGAUUGCCCUAAGGUUCAUCAUCGCCUGGGUGAUCGUCUCGAAACUUCAACCCUCUAAAGAUCCCUCAAAGAGCCUCUUGCCGUCCGAAGUCGCGCAAUGUUACCAAGCCGUCGCGACUGGAGAUCGUGGCUAUCAAGGUAUGCGGCACAAGUUCCUUCGUCUCCUAGUAUAG